AUGCAGGCGUGCGCGUUCCUGUACGGCGCGGCGUCAGUGCCCGGGCUGUGGCUUCUGCGCCAGUACGCGGCGGCGCGGGCCUGUGGCCCCGCGCACGCGCUGGUGAUGCUCACCAUGGACGCCGGCGACGGGUGCGACGUCGCGGUCGGGGGAUCUAGUGGCAGGAUGGCCGGGCCGAACCGCGAGUUCGACCAGCUCAGCGCCAUGGUCACCGCGCUGCUCAACAGCAUCAACUUGAGUGGGUAG